AUGUUAAGAUACCCGCAAUCUUUAGGAUGUAUGCAUGGUGGAGAGGGACACAGUGCUAUGAGAUCACUUCUUUUAAGGGAAACUGUCAUUAAUGAGUCCAGAAACUGCUCAUUUAUGAUAAUUAGCACCAUGGAGCCUCAGGUGUCAAAUGGCCCUACAUCCAAUACAACCAAUGGUCCUGCCAGCAACAGCCGAAAUUGCCCUUCUCCUAUGCAGACAGGGGCAGCUACAGAUGACAGCAAAACCAACCUCAUAGUCAACUACUUACCCCAGAACAUGACCCAAGAAGAGUUCAGGAGCCUUUUUGGGAGCAUUGGUGAAAUAGAAUCCUGCAAGCUUGUAAGAGAUAAAAUUACAGGGCAGAGUUUAGGGUAUGGAUUUGUUAACUAUAUUGAUCCAAAGGAUGCAGAGAAAGCCAUUAACACUUUAAAUGGACUCAGACUCCAGACCAAAACCAUAAAGGUUUCCUAUGCCCGUCCAAGUUCAGCAUCAAUCAGAGGCAAUUUGUAUGUCAGCGGCCUUCCAAAAACGAACCAGAAAGAGCUAGAGCAGCUUUUCUCACAAUAUGGGCGCAUCAUCACCUCACGAAUUCUGGUUGAUCAAGUAACAGGUGUUUCUCGUGGUGUGGGAUUUAUCCGUUUUGAUAAGAGAAUAGAGGCAGAAGAAGCCAUAAAGGGACUUAAUGGCCAAAAGCCAAGUGGUGCUACAGAACCAAUUACUGUGAUUGCUAAUAACCCUAGUCAAAAAACAAGCCAAGCCCUCCUUUCCAGCUGUACCAGUCCCCAACAGACGCUACCCUGGACCUCUCCACAUCAGGCUCAGAGAUUCAGGCUGGACAAUUUGCUUAAUAUGGCCUAUGGCGUAAAGAGGUUUUCUCCAAUCACAAUUGAUGGAUGAACAAGCUUGUGGGGAUGAAUAUUCCUGGCCAUAACUGGGACUGGAUGGUGUAUUUUUGUCUACAAUUUAUCACCCGACUCAGAUGAAAGUGUGCUGUGGCAGCUGUUUGGCCCUUUUGGAGCAGUCAAUAACGUCAAAGUGAUCCGCGACUUCAAUACCAACAAAUGCAAAGGGUUUGGUUGUACCAUGACCAACUACGAUGAAGCUGCUAUGGCCAUUGCCAGCCUUACUGGAUACCGCUUAGGAGACCGAGUAUUGCAAGUUUCCUUUAAAACCAACAAAACCCAUAAAUCCUGA